AUGCUCAUGACGAUGAAACAAUACAAGAUCUUGAAUCAAAAGUUGAACUCCAUUAUUCAAUCCCAAGCUGAUCUUGGAGGAGGUUCAUCAAUUUCUAGUAUGGAGGUUGAUUCAAUGCUAAAGAUGUGUGAAUCCAGAAUAAUUGCCAAAGUAUCAGGGAUGUUGAAGGCUUCAGAGACUAUGCUUAUGGAGAAAGUUGAUUAUUCAUAUCAAACAACUGACCUACGUCUUAAAAAUCAAAGAUCUAAUUUUUUGGGGGAGGUGAAAGAUUUAAGAAGUGUAGCAAAAGAAAGACAUGUUCUUUUUGUCCAGGACAUUAAGAAGGUGAGAGAUGAUGUGAAUUUGAAAAUUCAAGAGCUUCAUGAACAAAUGAACAAAGAAAUUAUAUAUGUUCAACAUGAUUAUGCGUCCUUACAUCAGAAGGUCGAUAUCAUAUGUGAUGUUGUCACCAAAUUUGUUAAAAUGUAUGAAGGUUUGAGUCCACAAAUUGCUCAAAUCUCCAAAUCUGAAGCUGAAAAUUUUGAAGGAGUGAUGAAGCUAUUGAAAGAGUUGAAGGAGAUAUCUACAAAACAAUUCGAAGCUAUUCUUAACAAGAAACUUGCUCCACUCCUUCGCAUAUCCAGUCUUCUUCCUGCAACAACUGCCCCUCCUGUUUUCACAGGGGUGCAAGGAGGAAAAAGGAAGUCCACAGAAGAAGAAGCGAAAAUUGUGGGCAAGGUAUAUUCUUCGAGCAUUCCUUCGACAAAGCCAAUGUUUGUGUCUGCUCAACCAGUGACUUCAACUGUUGUUACAACAUUGUCAACUACACGAACAAUUUCGAAAGGAAUUGUUAUUGGUAAACCUUUGGAGUCUGUCACACCCCAAAACCGAUAA